AUGUCAGAACAAAACAAACCAGCAGCACCACGGAUAGCAAUCAAAUUCGGUGCUCCUUCGAAUAACAGCAAUUCAAAAAAGCUCGCAAGACCACAUCCGCCAUCGUCACUAGGAAAGAGACCGCGACCACAAGCUCUAGGAGGAGCAUCUGAUUCCGAAGACGACCAAGAUGACCACCGUGGACGACAUGAAAAUAUUACUGGCUUCGGUGCCGAGGGCGCAGAAACAGAGCGCAAAGCGAAGGACCCAAGGACAGAGAAAAAGGACUACGUGAUUGCUCGACAAGCCAAUCGCGACUGGAGAUCAGAGGCCAAAGCGCAGAGAAAGGGAAAGAAUCUGCUUCCCGAGGAGGCCAGGGCUCAACAGGCCGGAACAACAGUCGAAACAGAACCUGCAGACCAGGAUAAGGGUCUGAAAUGGGGUCUGACAAUCAAGGAGAAGACCGAGGACGACAAACAGGAUGCCGAUCGGGACCGCAAGGACGAAAGGGCCCCCAGCCAGGGCGAUAACGAUAAGAAACUACCUCCCAAACGAUCAGCAGACGAUGAAGCGAUAGAUGCGCUAUUAGGGAAGAAGGAGGAAGAGGAAAAGGUUAUCCAUCCAACCGAAGAGGACGCCUACCAACGCGACAUCCAAGAUGCCGGCGAAGCGUCUACUCUGGACGACUAUGAAGCCAUGCCUGUAGAGGAGUUUGGCGCAGCUCUCCUGCGAGGUAUGGGUUGGGAUGGUAAACCUCGCGGCACAGUAAAAGAAGUCAAGCGACGUCCAAACCGGCUCGGACUUGGUGCCAAGGAACUCAAAGGAGAGGAGGAUCUUGGCGGAUGGAAUCAGAAUGGGAAAAAGAACAGGCGACCACGCCUAGACGAGUACCGCCGAGAAGAGAGUAAACGAAAGGAAGGUCGUCGACAUGAAGACAGUUACAAGCGCGAGCGUGAGCGGGAAAGGGAUCGAGACAGUAGGCAUGGGCAUCGCGACCGUGACCGUGACCGUGAUCGAGACCGCGAAAGAAACAGAGACGACAGACACCGAAGCCAUCGAGAUCAUGAUCGACGACGUUGA